AUGCUGCUGCAAACGGGCACUCCAGGCGCUGCUGGGGCCACGUUCCUUAUCCUUGCACAGCUAUUCACUAAGCUUUUCACGUUUGUUUCCAACCAAUUGCUUGUGGGCAGUAUAUCGCCAGAGGUUAUGGGCGUCGUGGCAGUGAUGGAGUUUUACGUGUCGUUUGUGUUAUUUUUCAGCCGUGAGUCUGAACGGUUGACGAUCCAGCGUGCUACUGGCCUGUCGAAGGGUACUGUGCAGCAGAAAAUCGUUAAUUUUGCUUACAUUCCAUUGUUGAUCAGUGUGCCAUUAUGCAUAGCUGGGUACUUGGCUGUGAAGGAUACUGCCGUGUUGAACACGUCCUUUUUGUUGGAAUAUAGACCGCUUGCAAUUGGGUUAGUGGUGGUGCUGAUAUUGUUGGAAUUGGCGGUGGAGCCGUUGUAUGCGUUGACUCAGUAUGAGUUGAACUUCAAGGUGAGGUCGUCUAUAGAGAGCACCGCUGUGUUUGCCAAAUGCUUACUUACGUUUGUGGGAGUGACUUUGGGGAAAUACUAUUCCGUUCAAAAUCCAAGUGGAAUGGCGGUGUUAUCGUUUCUUUCCGGUCAGUUAGGCUACGCUUUGGUGACUGUUGUUGGCUACUUACGUCACUUCCACUUCCGUGUACCUAAGUCUGGUAAAGUACGUGACAAGGAGAAUAAAUAUUUUCUUGAUCCGGCGUUGAAGAAGCUUUAUUAUACGCUCUUCUUUCAGAUGCUAUUCAAGCUUUUCUUGACGGAAGGAGAUAAAAUCAUGAUGGGUUACUUGUUUGACGUAUCCCAGCAAGGCACUUAUGCCGUUAUCACCAACUACGGGUCAAUCAUAGCUCGUCUUGUGUUUUUACCUGUGGAAGAAAUGCUUAGGAACCUGUUCACGAGAGUCUUUUCUGCCGAAAAGCCAGACACAAAAGCUGCGUAUGCCACUAUGGGCAACUUGUUGGCGUUCUAUGUGUACUUCAGCAUUCUUCUAGUCCUUGGUGGAUACUUCAAUGGAAGUUUCCUUCUCGGGACUUUGCUUGGUAGAAGUGCAGCAUGGAGAAACUCAGACUUGUUCAGUUUAUUCCCCAAGUAUAUCUUGUACCUUCCGUUCAUGGCCUUCAAUGGUAUUUUAGAGGCCUUUCAGAGCAGCAUUUUGAAGCAAAGCCAGAUCAGCAAGUACUCCUAUUUCAUGCUAUUCCUGACCAUUGUUUCCUCUAUCGUUCUGGUGGUGCUAGUGAACGAAUGGAACUACGGACUCACAGGACUUAUCAUAGCCAAUAUCACCUCCAUGACGCUUCGAAUCGCUUACUGUUCAAGAUCUUAUUUGGUAUUUGCCAAAGAAAAGGGAGUCAAUUUAAGCGAUGUUAACGUCUUAACAAGAACUUUCUGGCCUAUAGCCUACUCCAUUUUUGCAUAUAUCCUUCAAGUCCAGGUAAUUGGCCCCAGAAGCAGCACAUUUAAAGAUUUCCUUAUCAGUGGAGCCAUUUGCUUUUCGUGUCUUUUGGUGUUCCUCUUCAACGAAAAGAAUGCCAUUAAAGACCAAAUUGUCACCACCAUGAGACGCAGCAGGGGCUUCCAGGACAAAAAGACAACUAAUAUAGAUAAUUCACGAGUUACGAAUACAAAGAAUAAAAAUAUCAAAAAAAGAAUGGAGUCUCAGCUCCCAUACUUUACAAUCGGAACCAAAGCCAUAGAACGUGCCGUCCGCUUCGCCUCCACCACGGGUAGCCUACUGUGCUGA